GGUUUCCAAACGUGCUUAAAAUAAAGCAGGAAGAAGCAGCAGUGAAAUGAUGUAAUUGAUAGUUGAAGUUUGUCUCCUCUGGUUGUUUCGUGAUCAUUCCUAUCUUUUUUUUCUAGACUGUUACUAAAAUGUCUUCGGCGACGACAUUUUCAGGUCAAGACUCACACAAGCAUGUAAGGACUAAGACCAACCCAGGAUUCUUGCAACGAUUAAGUGACACGGCAGGAGGAACGUUUGUUGGCGUUGGACUGUUUUUCCUUUCCAUAUAUAUUCUCUUCACCAAUGAGGGACGGGCUGUGCAGACUGCAUCCUCCCUAAAUGAAGGACUCGCUCAAGUCGUGUUGCUGGACACUUUUGCCAGCCUCGACCCGCAGAAUGACAACCGUUUGGUUCAUUUGUCUGCACCUUUGCGUCCCUCAAAGCCUUUACAUGACCCCAACUACAGAGUAUCUGUGCAGGCUGUCAAGUUAAAGAGGCAGGUGGAGAUGUAUCAGUGGGUGGAGUACCAGGAGAGCAAAGACUACGAAGAGAAUGGCAGUACCAAAACCGAGACCACAUACACCUACAACACGGAGUGGAAAGCAGAGCUGAUCAACAGUCGCAAUUUUGAUCGAGAAAUUGGUCACCAGAACCCGAGUGCCAUGGCGGUGGAGAGCGUGACAGUUGUGGCUCCUCAAGUGCAAGUGGGACCUUUCACUCUGUCGAAUGGACUAGUGGAACAGAUUAAUAACUUCCAGACAUUGAGCCUGAAGGAUUUGACGGCCUCCGACUCGGACCCUUUCCUUACCAUCCGUGACGAUUAUUUCUAUCAUACUCGGCAGCCACAGAGGCCAGACGUUGGAGAUGUCCGCGUGAGAUUUUCCUUCGCGGGACUCAGUGGUCAAACUGUUAGCAUUGUUGCCAAGCAGAGUGGAGAGCAGCUUUUACCCUUCAAAACCAAGUCAGGAGACGUUCUUGAGAUCUUGUAUCUGGAGGAGCUCUCAGCAGAGCAAGUGUUCGCAAAAGAGCAGCAGCAUAACAGCAUAAAGACGUGGGGACUCCGAGCUGCGGGAUGGGCCCUCAUGUUUCUCGCCAUUCAGCUGACCAUGCGCAUCAUCUACACACUGGUGGACUGGGUUCCUCUCUUGAGAGACCUCGUUUCUGUGGGGCUGAAGAUCUUCGCCUUGUGCGUGUCCGCCUCGCUCUCUCUCCUCACCAUCGCAGCGGGGUGGUUCUUUAAUCGACCCCUGAUGGCGAUUGCUUUGGGGGCUUUAGCUCUUCUUCCCGUGCUUCUCGCACGCACGCGGCUCCCAGCCAAAAAGCAUCUGUGACUUAAGAAACUGGAUGUGAAGCUCACCGGAGCAGCAAGGCAGUUCUGGGUGCCUCAGAAUGCCCCUCCACAGCAGGAUAAAAUAUGGAAUUUAGACAAACAUUCUCAUUUGCAGUAUUUUAAGACGAGUAAAAUUGAUGUAUUGCACUGACUUGUUGCUAAUGUAGUCCUGCAGUCGGACAUCGGCUGUUGUAGAGGCACGUUUUAUUUUUCAUGCAUUGUUUUGUCCUUUGUAUUUUUUCAUACGCCACUCAUGCAUAAUCUCUGAAACUGUUAAGUUUCAGAUAACCAGAAAUGCCUCAACAAACCAGAUAACCAAAUAGCCAGACCGUCGUACGUACAACAGAUCUGUUCUGUGUUGGGUUCUACCGGUACUUGAAGAUUUAAAAAAAACAUCAAGGCACACAGCAGAAUCUCUUGUGCAACUUAUUUGUUUUGAACAUGCAACAAAGUGAAUGCUUAACUUUCAAAAAUCCUAAUAAUUUUUUUUGUAUUAAUGCAGCUCAUGAGAUCAGUGGCUAGAAGCAAGAUUCUUACAAAGUAAUUUAUUACACAAAACACUAAGUUUCCAUUUUGCGUGUUAACAAAAAUUGAGUUUCCAGUCUCAUAUCGUGCACGUUGUCACGAUGCACGCGAGGAUUCGUCAAUGGAGCACACCAAAACAAACGUUGACUAGGCGUGUGCAUUAGUUUGUCAAAGAAGUCACAGUGAUCAGGUACUUUUACCCUAGUUGACUGUGGAAACAUUCGUCGGGUCAGCAGGCAGGGCUUCAGCACUGGACUGUAGUUGGCAGGUUUGCUGACUUCUCAUGACACUACAUGCUGAUAGAGGAAUUUUUAUUAUGGCUGAUUGACUGAUGCUUUAGUAGAAAAAAAACGACUUCCAAUACUGACAGAACCUAUUUCAGCUUAAUACAUAAAACAAGUAAAAGCGUUGCACCUUUUGUAAAAACUGGUGAGAACAGUCCUUUGCGUGGGUGUAUUUUUUGGGUGGAAAAGGGGGGGGGGGGGUUGACCCUCUGCUUCUUUUUUUUUCCCCAAACAGGAAGCAGUCUCAUGCCACCCGUUUUCACAGGACGGUGCAUUUAUUGCUCUUCUUUCCCCGCCGGGCCUGUAAUGCCGCCCUGGUGGCCAUUUCAAAUACUUCCCUCACGCCAUCCUUUGUUUUGGCUGAGCACUCCAUGUAUCCAAAGGCACAGAUCCUGUUGGCCAUGUCCCGUGCAUCCUCCUGCUUCACGGGUUCCUUGGAGGGGAAAAAAAAAACAGUUGCAUGGGUUAUGAAACAUCUACAGUUUCGAGAAUAAAGCUGGUAAUAUAUCUUUUUUUUUUCCAUAAGCUCUGUCAGAACAUCAUUGCCGAGGAGAAAGGAAUCUUCCACUACGUGGCAUAAUGGUCAGAAUCGCCUUUAUCGUCAUUGUAUAGAAUACAACGAAAUUUGGGUGCCACUCCUUAGUGCAUCUCGUAAAAAAAAUAAAAUAGAAAUAUGUAAUUGUAAAUGUAAUAAAAUAGUAAAAUGGUUUGACCUUGGUGGAAAUCUGCACUCUAGAUCGUUGCCGCUCCACUUUCACACAUGUUUACCUGCUUCAUUUUGGCAAGCUCCCUGCGGGUGUGCUCAUCGUUGCGCAGGUCCUUUUUGUUUCCCACCAGGAUAAUGGGGA